CCUGUGGUAAUUCCGCGUUCACCGCCGAACAAACACCUCCCUGCCUCGACUGACUCUUGCCAAAUCCUUUGACAUCCUCCUCAGGUGGCGUAAAUAACUUUAAGGUUUUGGUAGCAGCGCAACAUGGGAGAAACGACGGAGCAAAAGAACUUUUCUGAAGUUAUUUCUCAGUUAUUUCAAGAGGCUCCAGCCGCCAGGAAGGGUCUAAUUGAGAACCACAGCAACCUCCUGAGGGUCGCAGAUUACUGCGAGAACAAUUACCUUCAGGCAGAAGAUCCAAACAAGGCUGUUGAAGAGGCCAAGGCUUUGGCUGCCCAGUCGCUGGCCAGUGUGGCCUACCAGAUCAACAGUCUGGCCAGCACUCUGCUGAGGCUGCUGGACUCACAAGCCAUGCAGAUCAGAGAUAUGGAGUCUUCAGUCAACGUGCUGUCACUGGCUGCAGCUAUCCACUUCGAGAAGGUAGCCAGGAAAGAAAUUGGAGCUUUUACUACUCCCAAACCCAAGAUUCGUUCCAAGCUUUUGACCACACCGACUUCAGGAAAGGAGCCAGAGCAAAGCUACUUGAGAGUGCCAAUAUCAUACUCCAUCUUGGACUCCGUUGGACACUGCUUUCGGAUCCAGUUUUGGCCUCGCUGUGGCUCCACCAUCAGUCCCCACCUUGAAAACCGUCUCCAACCCGACAAACGACAGCCUGCCUCCACCCCCUCCUCCCAAUGCCAACUUGGACCCCACUGUGCUUGCACCUCCUCCACCACCACCACCUCCCCCUUCCUCCAUAGACACUGGCCUCCCGCCUCCACCCUCUUUGACCUCACCAACAUGUCUCCCCCCACCUCCCCCUCCACCACCAAUCUUCCCAUCAAAUGGCAUGUACCCUCCUCCACCUCCUCCUGCAGCGGGAGGUGCCCCUCUUCCUCCUCCACCUCCACCCCUAUCGGUGUCAAGAGCUGGGCCCCCUCCUCCUCCACCACCCUUUCACACUGGCACCUCUGGUAUGGUGCCACCACCCCCUCCACCACCACCUCCUCCACCACCUCCUCCACCUCCACCUCUCCUACGCUAACAAACAAUAUAUUUUGUGUUAUACAAUGUAUUAACGUACUGAGGGGGCAUGCUGGGUUUUGCCAUUAGAUGGAUGUGUGAAGUGUGUGCAGCAGGGGAAAUGUUUUCAGGCUUGUUGUGAGAUCAACAUAAAGUAUAAAUAAAAG